UUCAAAUUGUUGUCACUCGGAAAGUUGAAUGUGUUGUGUUGAUUUGCGUGUGUCGUGAACGAUAGUGUGUCUGCCCGGAAACUUUUUAAUUUCGACUUCGUAAAUUUUAUUUCUUGACAUUCGCACUGAUAGUGUCGUUCAUCCCUUCAACACCUUAAUCAUGUUUGUUUCCCAUAUUUGUGUGGCUGUACAUUGGAACUUUGGUUAAGAUUUGAAAGCUGAAAAUGAGUGCUUCAUCGUUUUCAUCGCCUUCACCCCCCAAACGACUAAGAACAAAAGGAACUCUCACAUCUUCGAGAGAGGUUUCUCGAGAGAAGACACUUCCAAGGACAGAAUCCACUUUAUACAACACACCUUUCAAAAGUAGAAAUCAGAGUCUUUGCCGGCCCAACACAAGUGAUUCUCAAGUGAAGAAGGCUAUUAAGAAGUUAAAAGGAUUUCUGAACAAGCAAUGGCACUUCUUUCAAGUGUCCUCUUUGUUUAACAUGGAUUACAGUGAAGUUUGUAUGAAACGGUAUGCUCGCCGUUUGAAAGAAAAACUUAUGUCAAGGUUGCCUGAUGACAGUUCUACUGUGUAUGAAGUCAUCUACACAACAUUUCCAAAUCUAAAAUUAAACGAUGUGGACCAUGAAGCAGUGGAGAUAACUGUCGUCAAAAUCAAUGAAGAAGGAAACCGAACUAUGGCAUAUAAUGCAGUUUUGUUCUCUUGGGGAGCAAGAGAAAAUAUGCAGCAGGCCAAUGCUAUAUUCUUACCAAUCAUGCUGUGUCAGGGCUUAAAAACAUUGAUGAACCAGGUUCAUGUGGAAUUUCAGCUUCUUCAUGAUUGUUUCGUCAGUCCAUUUGAUGUUCGUGAUGAUGAACUAAGGACAUUAUGUGUCGGCAUUUUUGAUAAUUCUUCUUACCAGGAUACUGAUAAUAUAAAAUUAAAGUUUAUCCCUCCGAACAAUGUCAAAUCAAGAUCUUUGAAUAUUUCCCUUCCUGCCAACAUUUUCUCUGAGCUUUGGAAAUGCAUUCCAAAAGGUGACCAAGAUUGGGGUGAUGCUGAAACCACAACAUUUUGGAAAGACUUUCACACUCACACCUAUAAUUCAUUUGGAAUUGAUCUGGGUCGCUUUGGCUUAUCAAGCAUUGCUUUACCUGACAUUGUUUUUAACAAAGAGAUGGUGAAAGCUAAUAGAAAGGAACAAUUGUAUCUGACUCUAAGUUUCCUCAUGAACCUCAUUAAUCCUCUAUGUUCUGUUGCACCUCAUGUUCAUGAAGUUGUGGUGCUUGAUUAGCAAUGGAAUUACUGCAUACUUUUAAUGCUGAACCUGAUUCUAUGAAUUUUAGCAAAUGUAUGUUAACUUCGAUUGUUUCAUGAAUUUUUAUUGUAAGUAUGAAAAGAUAUGCAGUAUUUAAUCAAUUUGUGAAGACUGUUCAUUUUUAGGUUUAUAUAUUUUUAUUUUUAUAAGUAACACAUUCAAUGACAUUCUCCACCUCCUCAAAAAUUGAAUUAUAAUCUGCAAUAUUAAAUUUUA